CUAGGCACUGGGAGAUAUAAAGAUGAAAAACAGCAAUGUUUCUGUAUUCAAGGAGCUUACAUUCUGCUGGCAGCAGGGGGUUGGUGUGAAAGAGAAGUGAAUGAAUCUCAAGUGCCGUGUAGAUAUAAUACAAGACAGGGUGUGACGAGAGAGAUCCAGACAAAGUGCUCCGCGACAAUUUGAGGACGGAGAGAACACUAAACGUGGGCUGGAUCAUCAGAACGUCCGACAAGGCCAGUUCAACAGUGAAAUAGCAGUCAAGUAAGAUGCAAAAUAAGUUCCCAGCCCAGCGCAGGUGUCCUUAAGGUCAGAGCUCUGGGAAUCCCCUCAACGGGCUUGUCGCUUCCAGUAAGGACUACAGCUCCCAGGAUGCAGCGGAGCCCCCACCGUGUAGCCCCAGUGGACUUGUAGUUCUCUUCGAAUCCACUCUCCGAAGCCAAGACGAGACGCGGAACCACAAUUCCCAGAAGUCCUCGGGGGAGUGCUAGUCUCUCCGUGCCCCAGCAGCGGCCGCCGCAUCCUAGUCAGUGUCCGCCUCCUCCCGGCUCCGGCCCGGGACUCGGCUCCGGCCCCGUUACGAACCUGGAGGCUCAAUGGCGGCGGCGCUGGCGCUGGCCCUUUCGGCCACCACCGCCUCCCCGUCACCUCCCACAGAGGAAACCCCCCCGGGAGUAGAGGCGCGGGACGACGGGGCGGAGGGCGAGGCGAGGUGCGAGGCCAGCAGUGCUGAAUCUCUAGACAGACUUCUUCCUCCUGUGGGCACAGGCCGAUCACCCCGGAAAAGAACCACUAGCCAAUGUAAAUCAGAGCCACCCCUAUUGAGGACCAGCAAAAGAACAAUUUACACAGCUGGGCGGCCUCCCUGGUACAAUGAACAUGGGACACAGUCAAAGGAAGCUUUUGUCAUUGGCCUGGGUGGAGGUAGUGCCUCUGGGAAAACCACAGUGGCCAGAAUGAUUAUUGAAGCUUUGGAUGUCCCUUGGGUGGUUCUGCUGUCCAUGGAUUCCUUCUACAAGGUGCUUACCAAGCAGCAACAAGAACAGGCAGCCAACAAUGACUUCAAUUUUGACCACCCUGAUGCCUUCGAUUUUGACCUCAUCAUUUGUACCCUCAAGAAACUGAAGCAGGGGAAGAGUGUGAAGAUCCCCAUCUAUGACUUUACCACACACAGCCGGAAAAAGGACUGGAAAACCCUGUAUGGAGCCAAUGUGAUCAUUUUUGAGGGAAUCAUGGCAUUUGCAGACAAGCAGCUCUUGGAGCUCUUAGAUAUGAAGAUCUUUGUGGACACAGACUCGGACAUCCGUCUGGUGCGACGACUUCGAAGAGAUAUCAGUGAGAGAGGCCGAGACAUCGAGGGGGUCAUCAAACAAUACAACAAGUUUGUCAAGCCAGCCUUUGACCAGUACAUCCAGCCUACCAUGCGUCUUGCAGACAUUGUAGUUCCUCGAGGGAGUGGAAAUACCGUGGCCAUUGAUCUGAUUGUUCAGCAUGUCCACAGCCAGCUGGAAGAGAGGAAGCUACGCUGGGAUAUGGCAGCAUUGGCCUCAGCCCACCAGUGCCACCCUCUUCCCAGGACCCUUAGUGUGCUGAAGAGCACCCCCCAAGUGAGGGGGAUGCACACCAUCAUCAGGGAUAAAGAGACCAGUCGAGAUGAGUUCAUCUUUUAUUCAAAGCGGUUAAUGAGACUUCUCAUUGAGCAUGCUCUCUCCUUCUUGCCCUUCCAAGGCUGCACAGUCCAAACACCUCAGGGGCAGGACUAUGAAGGAAAAACGUAUGCUGGGAAGCAGAUCACAGGGGUGUCCAUCCUAAGGGCUGGGGAGACCAUGGAACCAGCACUGCGGGCUGUGUGCAAGGAUGUCCGAAUUGGCACCAUUCUCAUCCAGACCAACCAGCUCACCGGCGAGCCAGAGCUGCACUACCUCCGGCUCCCCAAGGACAUCAGCCAGGACCAUGUGAUCCUGAUGGACUGCACAGUGUCCACGGGUGCAGCUGCCAUGAUGGCCGUGAGAGUCUUGUUAGAUCACGAUGUUCCGGAAGACAAGAUAUUCCUGCUCUCGCUGCUGAUGGCCGAGAUGGGUGUUCACUCUGUGGCCUAUGCCUUUCCCCGGGUGAAGAUCAUCACCACAGCUGUGGAUAAGAAAGUGAAUGACCUUUUCCGAAUCAUCCCUGGCAUUGGGAACUUCGGAGACCGCUACUUUGGGACAGAUGCCCCACCUGACUGGAGUGAUGAGGAGGAGCUGGCCGCCACUUAGCACAGCCUUGCAAGGGAAUCUUUGCCUUCUCUCACCCUUCCCCUCCUCUGCCUGGACAAGUCUUCCAGGGACUCCCAACAGGGCUGGGCAGGACAGGGCUGUGGAAGAACCUGGACUCACAUUCCUGGGCUUUCAGUGGAGGGAGAAGAGAGAUUAAUAUAUUUUUCAUUUAACUUUGCCAAUAUAAUUUAUUCCAAAAGUUUU